AUGCCCUCCAAAUCCUCCUGGAUCGCCCUCGGGUGCGAGGGCUCCGCCAACAAGCUCGGCAUAGGCCUGAUCCGGCACACACCCACGUCGACGACGAUCCUCUCCAACCUCCGCCACACCUUCAUCUCCCCUCCCGGCACGGGCUUCCUGCCCAAGGACACGGCGCUGCACCACCGCACCGAGUUCGUCGCGCUGGCCCGCCGCGCCCUGGCCGAGGCCGGCGUCUCGCCCGCCGACGUCGACUGCGUCUGCUUCACGCAGGGCCCGGGAAUGGGCGCGCCCCUGACGAGCGUCGCCAUCGGCGCCCGUACCCUCUCCCUGCUCUGGGACCGGCCCCUCGUCGGCGUCAACCACUGCGUCGGCCACAUCGAGAUGGGCCGCGAGGUGACGGGCGCCGACAACCCCGUCGUGCUCUACGUCAGCGGCGGCAACUCCCAGGUCAUCGCCUACGCCGAGCGCCGCUACCGCAUCUUUGGCGAGACGCUCGACAUCGCCGUCGGCAACUGCCUCGACCGCUUCGCCCGCGUCCUCAGCAUCAGCAACGACCCGGCCCCCGGCUACAACAUCGAGCAGCUGGCCAAGAAGGGCGUCCGCCUGCUCGACCUGCCCUACGUCGUCAAGGGCAUGGACUGCUCCUUCUCGGGCAUCCUCGCCAGCGCCGAGGCCCUGGCCGCCCAGCUGCUGCAGCUCGGCCCCGACGCCGCCGGCUUCACCGUCGAGGACCUCUGCUUCUCCCUGCAGGAGACGAUAUUCGCCAUGCUCGUCGAGAUCACGGAGCGCGCCAUGGCCCACGUCGGCAGCAGCCAGGUGCUCAUCGUCGGCGGCGUCGGCUGCAACGAGCGCCUGCAGGACAUGAUUGCCAGCAUGGCCAAGGAGCGCGGCGGCAGCGUCUUCGCCAUGGACGAGAGGUUCUGCAUCGACAACGGCAUCAUGAUUGCCCACGCGGGGCUGCUGGCGUACAGGACGGGCUUCCGCACGAAGCUCGAGGAGAGCGUGUGUACGCAGCGCUUUAGGACGGACGAUGUCUAUGUCGAAUGGAGAGAUUAG